CGGCGCCUUUCCACCCCGGGGAGCCGCGGCUCACCCAGGAGACUCCCCGGAGCGAGACGGGAGGCGCGACCCGCCGCAGAGUUUAUCCCAUGAAACAGCACUCGGAGGGAAUUGCUGACAGCUUGUGGAAUGGAGUUAAAAUGAUUGUUGCAAAAUAAAACCUUGACAGCAGCAGCACAAGUAUCAAUCAAUUUAGAAAAAACUUGCAUGGAGCUGCUGAAGGGUAGGAUGUGGCUCUGCAGAGGAGGGCUCUUCCCUCUCAUUUAUAUUGAGAUCUGAACUUUAUGCUCAUGAGGAGAAGCGCAAGUGCAGAAUGUGAGUCACUCAGUGUGGUCAAGCAAGUCAGAACCAAGGGCUACCUUAGAAGACAGAAGUGCUCUUCAAAGAAGGACAGAUUUAUUUUUGCUUCGUUGUCAUCACUGGGAACUGAGAGAGAAGUCAAAGUCAAACUGGAAUAAAAUGCCAGCUAAGGGCAAAUACUUCUUUAAUGAAAAUGAAGACUGCAAGAUAACAGAUCCACUUUAUGAGAAGUACCGCUACACGAGCCAGCAGCACCCGCUUCUUCUCCUGCUGCUCUUCAUUGCAAUUACUUUCUGUAUUACACUAAUUAUAAUAUUCUUUCCGGAAUCACAUCAUCAUCUUGCUUUCAUUAUUACAGUAUGUACUGCUUUUGUAAUAUUUGCAGUCAUGUACUUGCUUGUAUGCAUUGAAUCCUUAUUUCGGAGAUGGCUGAAAUUAUUUGGGAUUUUGAUUUGGAUCUGCUUCCUGACCAUAGGAUACGUGUCAGUUUUUGGAAGGGGAGCUACCUCUUCAUUCUAUGCAUGGGAACAGGUGCCAUUCUUCCUGUUCAUAAUCUUCACAGUUUAUACCAUGUUACCCUUUGGGAUGAGAGAUGCUGUCAUCAUCAGCAUCCUUUCUGCAGUGUCCCAUAUUGUAGCCCUAAGCAUUGCAGUGACACUAUAUCCUGAGCCAGGUCAACAACUCACUACGUUUCAGUUACUUGCAAAUGCUGUAAUUUUUCUUUGUGGUAACCUGAUGGGUGCAUUUCACAAGCAUCGGAUGCAAGAUGCUUCAUGGGAUUUGUACAGAUACACUUUAAAGUGCAUUCAAGUCCGAAUGAAACUGAAGAUUGAAAAGAGGCAACAAGAAAGCUUGCUUUUAUCUAUACUGCCGGCUCAUAUCUCAAUGGGAAUGAAACUAGCCAUCAUAGAGCGACUGAAGGAAACCAAUGAUGAUAGGCAAAUGCAUGAUAAAAACUUCCAUAGUCUGUAUGUGAAAAGACAUCAGAAUGUUAGCAUCCUGUAUGCAGACAUUGUAGGAUUCACUCGUCUGGCUAGCGACUGCUCUCCAAAGGAGCUGGUAGUGAUGCUGAAUGAGCUCUUUGGGAAGUUUGAUCAAAUUGCAAAGGAAAAUGAAUGCAUGAGAAUAAAAAUUUUGGGAGACUGUUAUUACUGUGUCUCAGGCCUACCUGUGUCCUUACCGGUUCAUGCCCGGAACUGUGUGAAAAUGGGACUUGACAUGUGUGAAGCUAUAAAACAAGUGAAAGAAGCCACUGGAGUGGACAUCAGUAUGAGAGUUGGUAUCCAUUCUGGGAAUGUACUUUGUGGCGUGAUUGGACUCCGGAAAUGGCAGUAUGAUGUGUGGUCUCAUGAUGUUUCCUUAGCUAAUCGUAUGGAAUCCUCAGGAAUACCUGGUCGUGUACACAUCACUGAAGCAACGCUAAAUCACCUAGGCAAAGCUUACGAAGUGGAAGAAGGGAAUGGACCCCUGAGAGACCCAUACCUUAAAGCAAUGAACAUCAAAACCUACUUGGUGAUUGACCCGAGGUCUAAACAGCAUACGUUGAAUAAUCAUCUCCCUAAAACACGAGUGAACGAUGGGCUGAAGAUGCGAGCCUCUGUCCGUAUGACACGUUAUUUGGAGUCCUGGGGAGCAGCCAGGCCCUUUGCCCACCUGAACCACAGAGAAAGUGUCAGCAGUGAAUCUUCAGCUCCAAGUGGGAGACAAAGAAAGGAGAUACCUUUGAAUUCUACAGGUCGUCAAAAGACUUCAGAUAGAAAUACAUCCCAGAAGGGAAGGAUAGAAGAAGAUACUUACGAUGAAAUGAUGUCGACCAUUGAGGGUCUCAGUUCGACUAAACCAUCGUGUAGUAACUCAGAUGACUUCUGUGGAUGCUCACUGUUUUUUGUAGAAUCAGGAUUGGAAAAAGAGUAUCGCACCAUCCCCAUCCCCAGACUGAGGAGUUACUUUGCCUGUGCCAGUAUUGUGUUGCUCUGUAUAUUUGUGAUACAGAUGUUUGUCCUGCCAAAAACUGCAAAACUGGGACUUUCAUUUGGAAUUGUAGGAGGCAUAAUUGUGCUUAUUUUGUGUGUAUGUUUUGCUGAUAAAUGCCUGAAAUGCUGCUCAGAACAAUGGCCUUCAUUGCGCCACCUUUGUGCUAUUUCGGAUAAGGUAGAAACAAUGCCUCUAGUGAGACUCCCUUUAGCAGUCAUCACUAUAGGUGCGUUGCUGGUUAUCGCCAUUUUUAAUUUGCCUGCUGAAAACAGUAGAUCCAUAAACGCUACUGGAUCAAGUGAUGAGGUUGUCACCUUCGUGGCUACUGAAAAAAGUACAGCUGUGGACUUUACUGGAUCCUGUAUUAAGGAUGUCAUCUUGCCUUAUUAUACUUAUUGCUGCAUAUUAGGGUUUAUUGCCUGCUCUGUAUUCCUUCGGAUGAGCUUCGAACUCAAAGUUCUCCUUCUGUCCAUCGCUGUUUCUGUGUACAUCUUCCUCUUUAAUACCUCAAACAACUUCAGUGCAGGCUGCAGCAAUGACAACAGUACCACUCAAAGGCUUUUCAUGAAAAAUCCAAUACUGAUGACUAACUUAUACCUGGCUCUGUUUUACGUAACUCUGAUCCUAUUUUCAAGACAGAUUGAGUAUUACUGUCGACUAGAUUGCUUGUGGAAGAAUAAAUUUAAAAAAGAACAUGAACAAUUUGAAACCAUGGAGAACGUAAACAGGCUCUUGCUGGAAAAUGUCCUUCCGGCACAUGUUGCUGCUCAUUUCAUUGGUGACAAAUUAAAUGAGGAUUGGUACCAUCAGUCUUAUGACUGUGUCUGUGUCAUGUUUGCAUCAGUACCUGAUUUUAAGGUGUUUUAUACCGAAUGUGAUGUCAAUAAAGAGGGACUGGAGUGCUUGCGGCUGCUGAAUGAAAUCAUUGCUGAUUUUGAUGAGCUGUUGUUAAAACCUAAAUUUAGUGGUGUUGAAAAAAUCAAAACCAUUGGAAGCACUUACAUGGCAGCAGCAGGCCUUAGUGUCGCACCAGGACAAGAGAACAACCAGGACCAGGAGAGACAGCAUGCUCAAAUUGGGAUCAUGGUGGAGUAUGGAAUUGCCUUGAUGAGUAAACUGGAUGGCAUCAACAGACAUUCCUUUAACAAUUUCCGCCUACGUGUUGGGAUAAACCAUGGGCCUGUAAUAGCAGGUGUGAUUGGUGCUCGUAAACCCCAGUAUGAUAUCUGGGGCAACACUGUCAAUGUCGCUAGCAGGAUGGAGAGUACUGGUGAACUUGGAAAAAUCCAGGUUACAGAAGAGACAAGCAAAAUAUUACAGGAACUGGGAUAUUCAUGUGAAUGUAGGGGACUCAUUAAUGUCAAAGGAAAGGGAGAACUAAGGACUUACUUUGUGUGCACAGAUACAGCCAAAUCCCAAGGUAUUGGACUGAAUUGAGUCUGUAACGAAGUUUGUCAAAAUGUAUUUUGAGCCACCACUUCUCUUCUGUGAAGUCUUAGAAUUUCCCUCCUUAUGUGAAGGAGAUUAUUCCAAAUGUAUGUGUCCUAACGGUUCCUCUGCAUCUCAAGGUAGGAGAGUGACUUUAAAUGAAGUCUGAAAGUGCCUAGAAGCAAUUGUUGGACUGCCUGUUUCUGGGAUAAUUUGACGAUUUUUCUGGAAUUGUCUUGCAGCAUUUCCUAAUAUUUCCUUUCCUACAUCCAGUCUGGGAGACUAAAGGCCUUAAUAGCACAUGCAGAUGCACUAUUGAACUAAUUUCCCAGUUAAAACAGACAUUAGGAAAAACUUCCUGACUGUCGGGUGGCUAAGCACUGGAAUAAAUUGCCUAGGGAGGUUGUGGAAUCGCUGUCAUUGGAGGUUUUUAAGAACAGGUUAGACAAACACGUGUCAGGAAUGGUCUAGUUAUUAGGUAGUCCUGCCUUGAGUGCAGGGGAUUAGACUUGAUGACCUCUUGAGGUCCCUUCCAAUCCUAUACUUACGAUUCCACUGCCUCAUUCUUUGUCAGAUCUGCUAGCAGUGUGGCAAUUCAGAGACCUUAAGAAAAAGUGACAGUGUAUUUGGACCCUGCAUAUAUGCAUGGUCUUUAGUGCAAAGCUGUUUUCAGGACAAAAGACUGCUGUAUGGAGGAGAGACACAAGUGAACUACAGUUUAUUAUAUGGUGAUUAUACUCUAGCUCCUUUUGGAAAGAGUAAUUGCGCAAUAAUUCAUGUUCCCCUGUCCCUUUUCCACAAACUCACGCCUCCCCCAUACCUAUAGCUUAUAUUAUGUAAAGCUUUUCUUGAUCAGCAGUUGUACAGGAAAUGAUUUUUGUCUGGAGUUGGUUCAAAAUACCUCUAUUAUGGAUACAACCCACGUUGCUCUCUUUACCCUGCUUUUCACUAUACCAAGGGACAAACCAUAUUUCAUUUCUUAGAUGAGAUGAAAACUGUUUUAGUACGUAUUGGAAGUAAGCCACUUUGACCUUCAGAAUUAGUCUUUUGACUUUGAAGAAAUCCAGACUAUUUCCAGAGAGUGAAAGCCCAUUUAGGGAUGUGCAUGUUGCAGUGAGACAGUAAAUGUUAGCAGGACAGAAAUGUGAGUAUUGCAUUCGCUGCAAUCAUGCCCUUUGACUGUGUGUAUUUAUACUGUGUUUUGUGAGGUUCUCGUUUGGUUUCCAUUGCCUGUAUGAGGCCAGUCCCUCAAACUGCUGACUUGUUUCUGAGGUACACAGAAUUGCUAUCCCAACUUUUUCUUGUCAUUAACAAAAUUUGCAUUUAACGUGUUAGUCAGGAUUGGUGCUUACGAAGGUGAAGUAUAAACUGCAUUGGCCAGUCAGGCAGGAUACCAGCAGCUGAUGUGAAAACUUCCCUUAACAGAUCUUUCAAUGCACCUUAAUUCUGACCUGCCAGCUAUUCUCCUGCUCGGACUUUCUGCUGACAAGAAACAGCCACUCAAAUUGUGUAGGUUUCAGAGUGGUAGCCGUGUUAGUCUGUAUCAGCAAAAAGAACGAGUGGCACCUUACAGACUAACUUUUAUUUGGGCAUAAGCUUUCAUGGGCUAAAACCCACUUCAUUGGAUGCAUGU